AUUUCCUUAAUUUUAUUUUAAAAUAUAGGUUUAAAAUUAAGUUAAGAUGUACAGUAAGAAGAAAAAGAUAAAAUACCACGAUGUGGUGUUUGAUAAUACCACAAGAGAUGCCAUCCCCAAGCGAGGGUAUUACUCCGAACUUGUCGCCAACAUGCUCAAAGAAGAACCAUCGAAAGAGCAGUGCGCUAAGAAGAGAAUGAAGUUAAUACUGCAGGCAAAAACAGACAAGUUGGCUCCGAUGCUGAUCUCCUUGCCCAAGCCCCAGAAGCCGAAGGUUCUGCUGCCGCCUGGCCGCUGGACUACUUACAGGGAGGACGAGAGUGUCCAAUUUCCGUUUGAAACGUUCGUCCCGAAGCUGCAAUUCUUGAGUGUUGUGUUGCCGAAAGAGUUACCCAGACUGGUUAAGAUCGAACGUCUAAGGAGGAAGUUCCUGGCUUCUAAUAUCAAGAAAAUGCUCCGAGAGUUGGGCAUCCAACCGUACUGGCUUAUCCCACCGUCGGAGUAUCCCAUACAGGACAACGUGCGUUAUGGCCUGUACAGCACAUACCCAAAGUUGGACCUGGAGGUAUUCGACAAUACCGACUUUGAUUGCAGGGUCCCAGAGGAAUGGCUGGCGUUAGGUAAUAUUGAAGGAGAGCUCUACCCGUGUCCCGGGCUCGCGUUCGUGCCCAAAGAGGAAGGUGCCAACAGGGGUCCUGGGGAUAUUAUACAAAUGCUCAACAACUUGUAUGAGUGGACCAAUGUAGCGAUAUACAGCUUCGAUAAACUCACUGAUAAGUGGGAAGUGAUGGCGUUGGAUGGCUCCAAGCGACGGUUCAACAUCCCCCGUAUUCGUCUGAUGUUCAAAGCAGACGACCCCGAGACGUUUGCGCAACGAGUUAAAUUCGCUAUUGACUUCCGCAACGAAGUGGAGAAUAAUAUAAGGUUCUAUCUAUAUCUGGACUGCCUGAUCUUGCACGGGCUUCCGCUGAUGCCCCUGCAGUACAUGCCGGGCAUCGUACGAAUGGUGCGGAUACACAAGCAGGCCAAGGACGUGGACGAGGAACAUAUGAUCAGGCUUAGACAUGAGGCGGAGCUCCUGUACUCAAAGAUGGAGGGCAAAAUGAAAAUGAUAUACAUGGUACAAAAAUAUCCCGGCAUGUACAACUUUGUUCGACCACCGACCAAAGAAUACGUACCCCCUGUGCCGAAAUACGGUCGUAAGAAAUGUGUGAUGGAAGAUUUCGCUGGACGUAUGAAGUAUAACCAAUGGUAUUCGUUGUAUGUACUUACAGAGUCCGUCUCUUGUAUACACUUGGUUGUAGAUGAGUGCUUAAAGGUAGAAGGGAUGUUGUUUUUCACCCUAAAUUACGGCAGGAAUGUCGGACUACCGGAGUUUGAUGCUGCACAACAGCAUUGCACGCAAAUGAUGCUUAAAUAUCUGACCAUAACCUGGUUGAACAACACCGCACACGCCAUCAGGAUGUCAUUCAGAGAUGUUGGGAAAGGAUGGUUCAAUAUCUACGAGAAGCAGUGGCAGUUUUACUCUGUUAGCAAACUAUGUCGAUUCAUGCAGCUUGUAAGAUUCCGUAUGCAGUAUGCACUUCGGUACUGCAUUGAACAAUCAAUGCUGAUGUUUGUGACGCUGUGCGAGACGCCCUGCUUAGUGACGUACAGCUGCGAGGAAGACUAUGAGUGGGACACGAACGACCUCAUCAACUCUCCCUUCACCUCGCACACCCCGCCCCUCUUCUACUUUCAUCUAAUGAUGAACGAGGAUGGACCUUAUUAUACCACGCCGCCGGAGCAAUUUGAGAUUGUAAUCCAGCGUUUAUUCCGCGAGAUGCUGUAUCGAUGCCACUUCAUACCUCAAGUCCAUCCUAUGAUCCUAACUGGUCUGGUUUUCGACAACGAGCUUGUUCUUACGUCUAUAGGUCUAAUGGAACCUAAUGUGGUGGACUAUCGCGAGAGGCUUCUGAAGGCGUACCGCAAGGCGAUCAUCCCGCUCAAAGCAUACAUGCGACAGUACGAAGAAUAUAGGGACAUAUUUCUUCUCACCAUCGAGGACUAUGUCGAAAACUUCCGAGAAGAGAAACAUUCAGCGUCAGAGACAAGAGAAGAGGUGCAGACCCACUACGACGCUAAGGAGGCGCUUAUUCUACGUUUGCCGCAGUACAUUACUAUUGGGCCCUUCUCUAUAAACGUUGACACAUUAAAGCAACUGCUAGUAACGAAGCGAUCAGAUAUAAUGAAGGCGCUGCUAGUAAUGUGGGCGGAGGAGGUACGCAUCGCGGUGGAUGACGUCAUCAUGACGUACAAGUCAGUGAUGCGCAAGCUGGGCGAGAAACCGAACACUAUCGAGCAGGUCUUCGAGAUCAGAGAGUGGAUGGAAAGCAUUCCUUUCGCAUUGAAGACACAAGAUGACAACAUGAAGAAAAUUAAUACGGAUUACGAAGUGUUGGAUGCAUUCUUUACGCCGCUAGAAAAUGAAGAUUUCAGAGCAUUGUGGGAGGCUAUAGGAUGGCCGCUUGUUAUUACAAAGCAGGUUGACGCAACAACGGACUUCUUGGAGGAGGAGCAGGAGAAAUUCUGGAAGUUGCACCAGCAGGACGAACAAACACUCUUUGACAAGAUAGAUAUGUUCACCUCGCAGUGCAUGGCGCUCACGCUGCAGAACGACAUGACCAGGGUGCAUGAAAUAGCAAACGACAUCAAGAAGGCAUGGAAGGCGAUGAAGGAGUCUCAAGAUUGGGGCCGUGUCCUCAACCAGCGGCAGAAAUUGUUCGGACAGCCCGUGAUACCGUUUGCGGAUCUUAACAGACUUGUUAAAGAGUUUGAGCCGUAUAGAAACCUCUGGGUGACAGCUUCUGAUUUCUUGAAAUCACGCGAGGUGUGGUUCGACAACCCGUUGAUGUAUGUCGACGCUGACACCAUCGAGCCUCUUGUCAGCGAAUACUACAAAACCAUACUAAAGUGCAUUCGUACUUUUGCCGAUCUGCCUAAAAUACAGAAAGUUGCUGUGGAUAUUAGGGACGAUAUCGAUAAUUUCAAACCACUGAUACCGAUCCUCCAAGCUGUCAAGAAUCCCGGAAUGAAAGAAAGGCACUGGAAGGAGUUUAUGGAUAGAGCUGGUAUCACGGUGACAAUGAACGAGAAACAAACGUUUCAAAUGUGCCUGAAGCAGGGCGUGGCGGCGCACGGCACGCUCAUCUCGGAGAUCGGCGAGCUCGCCUCCAAGGAAUAUGUUAUCGAGCAGUCACUCGACAAAAUGCUCAAUGAGUGGGCCAACAAGGUCAUGGAAGUAUCUCCUUAUAAGACUACAGGCACGUACAUAAUGAAGAUAGCAGACGAAACGCUGCAGUUGCUGGACGAGCACUUGCUGAAUACGCAGCAGCUGGGCUUCAGCCCCUUCAAGGCUGCCUUCGAGCUGCGCAUCCAGGAGUGGGACGACAAACUGCGCCUCACGCAGCGCGUCGUCGACGAGUGGAUCGAAUGCCAGAAGCAAUGGAUGUAUUUGGAGCCGAUCUUCAAUUCUGAAGAUAUCUCGCGUCAGCUACCCUUCGAAGCCAAGAAAUAUGGCACCAUGGAGAGGAUCUGGCGCAGGAUUAUGGGCACCGCUGCUGCUUGCCCUAAGAUAAUGGUAACGUGUCCCGACAGUCGGUUACUCGACAGUCUGGUGGAAGCGAUACAUCUGCUGGAGAUCGUGGCCCGAGGUCUCAGCGAGUACAUGGAGGUGAAGAGGAUCCGGUUCCCGCGUCUCUUCUUCCUCAGCGACGACGAACUGCUAGAGAUUCUCUCGCAGUCACGCAAUCCGCGCGCUGUGCAGCCACAUCUCAGGAAGUGCUUUGAGAAUAUCGCCAAGGUUACUUUCGAGGUCGAUUUGAAGAUAACAGAAAUGCAUUCGAGUGAAGGCGAAAUUGUGGAAUUGAAAUACAAAUUCUAUCCAACCGCAAACGUGGAGCAAUGGCUCUUACUGUUAGAAGAUACUAUGAGGCAUACAAUUCGUCUGACGCUGGUGGCGGGUCUGGAGGAGCUGUACCGGCUGCCACGUAACCAGUGGGUGCUGCGGUGGCCGGGCCAGGUGGUGAUUGCGGGCUCGCAGCUUGCAUGGACGGCUGGUGUAGAGGAAGCCAUCACGGAGUACCGCAUGGAGGAAUUCUUUGAACAAAUGCUGCAACAGUUGGACAGCUUGCGCGCGCUGGUGAAGGGCGAGCUGACGUUCUUCCAGCGCGAGGUGCUGUGUGCGCUCAUAGUGAUAGAAGUACAUGCUCGUGACGUCACUGCCACGCUCGUUGACGAGAACGUCAAGAACGUGAACGACUUCCAAUGGACCUGUCAACUAAGGUACUACCAAAUGGUCCGCGAAAUGAACCCGCUAGAGGAGGGGGAGUCGCCAGAGAUAUACCAGGAUGAGGACCAUCUGGACACAUCCGCGUACUACCGCCAGUUCAGCCAGAACACCUGCGACGUGCGCGCACUCAACUCCGUAUUUACAUACCAGAACGAAUAUUUGGGUAACAGCGGUCGUCUAGUGAUCACGCCGUUGACUGACCGCUGCUACUUGACGCUGAUGUGUGCUAUGCACCUGCGCUUCGGCGGUGCGCCCGCCGGCCCUGCUGGCACCGGCAAGACUGAGACUACCAAGGAUUUGGCGAAAGCGUUAGCGGUGCAGUGUGUGGUGUUCAACUGCUCAGAUCAGCUCGACUUCAUGGCUAUGGGCAAGUUCUUCAAAGGACUGGCGGCGUCCGGCGCGUGGGCUUGCUUUGACGAGUUCAAUCGGAUUGACAUUGAAGUACUAUCGGUGGUUGCUCAACAGGUGGUUACAAUUCAAAAAGCUCAAAUUGCGAAACAGGAUAGGUUUAUCUUUGAAGGUUGUGAGUUGCCGCUCAAGAUGUCCUGCUCCGUCUUCAUCACAAUGAAUCCGGGAUAUGCUGGUCGAACAGAAUUGCCGGAUAAUUUGAAAGCUCUGUUCCGUCCGAUCGCUAUGAUGGUACCUGACUACGCCCUCAUCGCGGAGAUCUCGCUGUUCUCUUACGGAUUCUACGAGGCCAAGAUCUUAGCGGGCAAGAUAACGACCACAUUCAGGCUUAGCUCUGAACAGUUGUCGUCACAGGACCACUAUGACUUCGGCAUGCGCGCGGUGAAGACUGUGAUCCUGGUGGCGGGGAACCUCAUCCGUCAGAUGCCGGACGGCGACGAGCGCCAAAUCGUGCUGCGCGCGCUCAGAGAUGUCAACGUACCCAAGUUCCUUGCUGAUGAUUUGCUGUUAUUUAAUGGUAUAAUAUCUGAUCUGUUCCCUCGUGUUGAGAUUCCUGUAGUAGACUACGGCAUAAUGGAACAGUCUAUCAGGAACAUACUAGUGAAGAGAGGUUAUGAUGAAUUGUACACGUUUAUCUUCAAGAUAAUUCAAUUAUACGAGACCACCGUGGUGCGACAUGGCCUCAUGUUGGUGGGACCAGCAGGAUCCGGAAAAACAAAAUGUUACGAGGUGCUACGCGACGCGUUGACAGCGAUUAAGGGCAAAUUGGCCCCAGACGGGUUCCCAUUCACCCCGGUGCACACGUAUGUCGUCAACCCCAAGUCUAUCACCAUGGGCCAGCUCUACGGAGAAUUUGAUCUGCAGACGCACGAAUGGACGGACGGUAUCUUGUCGAGUCUAGUGCGCGCCGGGAUCGCAGUCGAGGAUAUGGACAAACGCUGGUACAUCUUUGACGGGCCUGUGGACGCUGUGUGGAUAGAGAAUAUGAAUACUGUAUUGGACGACAACAAGAAACUAUGCCUAUCCAGUGGUGAGAUCAUGAAGAUGACGGACCGACAACGGAUGAUCUUCGAGGUGGCGGACCUGGCGGUGGCGUCUCCGGCCACGGUGUCGCGCUGCGGCAUGGUCUAUCUGGACGCCCAGGUGGUCGGCUUACCGCCGCUAGUCAAUGCCUGGUUAAAGAGCAAUCUGCCACCUAUAGGUGACAGUAUCCGCAGGCUGUUGCCGGGUUUGAUCGAGACGUACGUGUACCCCUCGCUGCAGCUGCUGCGCUCGCGGCUCACGGAGAUCGUGCCUUCAAUCGACAGCGCGCUCAUGCUCAAGUUUCUGGAACUGCUCGACUUCCGGCUGCGGCCCCUCACCGGCAAGGACGACCGCCCGCCGCCCGCGCCCCCUUUCCUCGCACUCAUGCCGAGACUGGCGCCGUGCUGGGUUGUGUGGUCUGUGAUCUGGUCCGUGGGCGCGACGUGUGACCACAACAGCCGCGCGGUAUUCUCAGACUUCAUGCGGGAUUUGAUGAGAGGUGCCGAUAUGAAAACACAGUUCCCAACCGAAGGGAGAGUCUACGACUACACAUUACACGAUGGCGGUUUCACGGACCUUACGGAAGAUGGUGAACCUGCCAAUCCUUACUGGUACAGUUGGAUGGCUAAUGUUGAAGAGUAUGAAGUGGAUCCAGAGCGACCUUAUUCAGAUAUCGAAGUGCCGACAAUGGACAACGUUCGCAGCGCGGCGCUGCUGGGCUACAAGGUGACUAACUACAACCACGCGCUGUGCGCCGGGCCCACCGGCACAGGGAAGACGGUCACCGUCUCCUCCAAGCUGUCUCGCGGUCUACACAAGAAGUUUAUCUGCGAAUUCAUCGUCUUCUCCGCGAGAACUUCCGCCAAUCAGACGCAGGAUGUGAUAGACAGCAAGCUUGAGCGUCGCCGGCGCGGCGUGUUCGGGCCGCCACCCACCAAGCGGCAGGUGUUCUUCAUUGACGACCUCAACAUGCCCGCGCUAGAGGUGUACGGCGCGCAGCCGCCUAUUGAACUGCUCAGACAGUUUAUGGACUUCUCGGGGUGGUACGACCGCACCAGUAUUGGAGACUUCAGGACGCUGGUGGACGUGGGCAUUGUGGCGGCGAUGGGCCCCCCCGGAGGCGGCCGCAACCCCGUCACCAUGCGCCUCAUGCGACACUUCCAUUACAUCUCCUUCACUGAGAUGGAGUAUAGCAGCAAGUAUGCAAUCUUUAGCGUGAUACUCAGUUCCUGGACGAGGAAUUUCAACAACGUUAAGAUUCGCGAGGAGCCGUUUUUGAAUAGUUCCAUUGAAGUAUUCAUGUCUCUGGUGGAGGAGCUGCUGCCGACGCCUACCAAGUCCCACUACACUUUCAACUUGCGGGACCUUAGCAAGGUGUUCCAGGGCAUCCUGAUGAUGGACCCGGCUUCCAUACAGGACGAAGAUCAGGUAAUAAGGCUGUGGUAUCACGAGCAUCUUCGGGUGUAUCAAGAUCGUCUUGUCAAUAAAGAAGAUAGGAUGUGGUUUGCGAAAUUGAUGAAUAAGAAAAUUGAGACACGUUUCGGUAAGAAACCGAAUGACAUCAUCGGAGGGAGACUCAUGUUGUUCGGAGACUUUAUGGACAUCGGUGCUGACGAUCGCAAGUACAUCGAGAUUCUCGACUGGGAUGAGAUGCACGAGAUUCUCCAGCACUACAUGGAGGACUAUAAUCUGUCGUCAACGGUGCCCAUCGACUUGGUGUUAUUCGAAGACGCGGUGUCGCACUUGUGUCGCAUCGCGCGCAUCGUGCGCCAGCCCAUGGCCAACGCGUUGUUACUGGGAAUGGGCGGCUCGGGUCGUCAGAGCUUGUCGCGCCUGGCGGCGCACAUGGCGGAGCUCAUUUGCAUCCAGAUUGAAAUCACCAAGUCAUACGGCAUGACGGAGUGGCGCGACGAUAUUAAACAGACUAUGAUCAAGGCGGGAGGCGAGAAUAGGGGCAUCGUCUUCCUUUUCUCAGAUGCACAAAUAAAAAUGGAAUCGUUCCUCGAAGACCUGAACAACGUGCUGAGCUCCGGCGACGUGCCCAACAUCUACGAGGCGGAGGACCUGGACCGCGUGUUCCAGCUGGUGCGGCAGGCGGCCAUGGAGCAGAACCUCGCGCCCACCAAGACCAAUCUGUUCGGCUGCUACCAGCGCCGCGUGCGCACCAACCUGCACAUCGUCAUUGUUAUGAGUCCCGUCGGAGAGAUAUUCCGUGCUCGACUGCGCCAGUUUCCCUCGCUGGUGAACUGCUGCACCAUCGACUGGUUCAGUGAGUGGCCCAAGACGGCGCUCGAGUCCGUCGCCAAACACUUCUUCGAGAAUAUGCCCGAGCUGCAGACGAACGACACUGUUAUACUUUCGAUGGUUUCGGUGUGCUGCUUCGCACACCAGAGCGUGGUGGACGCGAGCACGCGCUUCCUGGCGCGGCUGAACCGCCUCAACUACGUCACUCCCAUGUCCUACAUGGAGAUGCUCGCCGCAUACGCUGAGAUGUUCAAGAAGAAGCAAGCUGCUAUUCUGAAGGAAUCUAAUGCGUUGAAGACUGGUUUAAACAAACUAAACCAAACAGAAGUGGAAGUGAAGCAGUUGCAGAUCGAGCUGGCGGAGCUCAAGCCGAUGAUGGAGCGCGCCGCGGACGAAACCAAAAAAGUCAUCGAGCAGAUCGCGACAGACACUGCCAUAGCAGAGGAAGCUAGAAUCAAAGUGGAGAAAGAACAAGCUGUGGCGGAGAAAAUGGCAGGCGAAACAUCUGCGAUGGCUGAGGAGGCGCAAAAAGACUUGGACGAGGCUAUGCCAGCUUUAUUAGCCGCAGAGAAAGCACUGAAAGAACUAAAUAAGAAUGACAUAGUUGAAGUGAAGGCGCUAAAGAAGCCUCCGGCUGGAGUGAUGCUUGUUGUUGAAACACUCUGUGUAGUCUUUGACAUUAAGCCUAUAAAAGAGCCUGGUGCGAAUUUCGGUGAAAAAGUUUUAAACUACUGGAAGCCAGGGUCUCAGAUGCUUGCGGACCCUGGUGGCUUCCUGGAUUCGUUAAUGAAGUAUGAUAAAGAGAGCAUCACUGAGGAUAUGAUAAAGAAAUUGACGCGUUACGUGAAUAAUCCUGAUUACCAACCGGCCAAGAUUCAGAAGGUAUCAAAAGCUUGCAUGUCGCUGUGCAUGUGGGUGCACGCCAUGUAUAAGUACUACCACGUGAACAAAGCCGUUAAGCCCAAAAAGGACGCCCUCGCCAGAGCGACACAAGAACUCGCUGCAGUAGAAGCCGUACUUGCUAAUGCCAAGGCAAAAAUGCAAGCCCUACUAUUGGGUAUUGCCAAGUUAAAUGCUUACCUACAAGAAAAAGAGGAAGAAAAAAAGAGAAUGGAAGAAGACAUCAACCAGUGUCUGGCGAGAAUGGAUCGAGCUAACAGAUUGCUUAACGGCUUGUCAAGCGAACGAGUACGUUGGAUUCAAACCAUCAAAGACUUGGAUGUAGCUAUAGUUAAUUUGAUUGGAGAUAUUCUUCUUAGCGCGUGCGCCGUUGGUUACAUAACACCAUUCACCGAAGAGUUUCGUAAAGAAUUAUUGAUUGAAUGGAUCGAACAUAUGAUUGAAGUAGCAGUACCACAUACAGACGGUGCUACGCCACUCUCGGUUUUGGGUGACGCUGUACAGAUAAGGACGUGGCAGAUGUACGGUCUGCCCCGAGACCCGCUGUCGGUAGAGUCUGCGGUGUUGAUGACGAAUUCGCGAAGAUGGCCGCUCAUCAUCGACCCUCAAACGCAAGCUAAUAAAUGGAUCAGAGCUAUGGGUAAAAUAGAAGGGCUGAUCGUGUGCAAGCCAAACGACAGGGACCUGCUGAGAAGCUUCGAGUCCGCUCUGCGGUUUGGCAAACCCCUGUUACUGGAGAAUGUCGGACAAGAACUGGAUCCAGCGCUAGACCCAGUGUUGAAGCGUCAAUAUUUCCGACAAGCGGGCCAACUGGUACUAAAACUCGGAGACUCACUUAUUCCUUUCGCCGCGGGCUUUCGUCUCUACAUUACAACCAAGUUGCCUAACCCGAAGUACACGCCAGAGACUUCUGUCAAAGUGCAGAUUGUCAACUUUGCUCUUGUGCCAAGUGGUCUAGCAGAACAGCUCCUGUCUAUAGUGGUGGCGCAGGAGCGACCAGAUUUAGAAGAGCUGCGCGGGCAGCUGAUUGUGACGCGCGCGCAGAUGGCGGUGCAGCUGGCCGACAUGCAGUCUGACAUCCUGUACGGCCUCUCCAACAGCGAAGGCUCACCCGUAGACGAUUUGCCUCUCAUCUUGACCCUAGAGGCGAUCAAAAUAAAGAGCGCUGAGAUUAUUGUUAAAGUCGAAGAUAUUGAGAGGACUUCGAAGGAGAUCGACGAGGCUCGUCUCGACUACGUGCCGGUUGCCAACAGGGGACAGAUUCUGUUCUUCUGCCUGUCGGGCAUGGCCAACGUGGACCCCAUGUACCAGUACUCGCUCGAGUGGUUCGUCAAGCUUUUUGUAAGAAGCAUGGCUGAGACUGAAAUUGUUGAGGACAUAAUGGAGCGCGUGGAAAUAAUAAUCGAGCACUUCACGUUUCUGCUGUACCAAAACGUGUGCCGCAGUUUGUUUGAGCGUCACAAGCUGCUGUUUGCGUUUCUUCUCGCCGCGCGUAUCAAUCUAGACAAAGGCAUUAUCAAAAUGAACGAAUACAACUUUUUACUCAUCGGAGGCAAGAUUGAAGAAGAAAUGGAAAAUCCGGAGCCGAAGUGGAUAUCUGAGCGAAUGUGGCUUGACAUGCAACAACUAGCCUCGGUGCCCAGCAUGAACCAGUUCGUCAAAGACUUCCCUGAGCACACUAAAUUCUUCCGCACUUACUAUGAGGCUUGGAACCCACAUAAAAUGCCCUACCCUAAGCCUUUGGACAGUCAACUAGACUCCUUCCAGAAGUUGCUGGUGCUUAAAUGUCUGCGACCCGACAAGGUCAUACCUGGCUUCCAGGACUAUGUAGUGGUAAGCCUGGGCGCGCGUUUCGUGGAGCCGCAGCCAGCGGACCUCGCCGCGCUCUACGGCGAGUCUGACCCUCUCGCGCCCAUCAUAUUCGUGCUCUCCACUGGCACAGACCCUGCCGCUGAUUUAUUGAAAUUUGCCGAGAAAAUGAAGAUGGGUAAACGUUUCGAGAGCAUAUCACUGGGUCAGGGUCAGGGUCCGCUUGCAGAGAGCAUGAUGCGGAAUGGCUGUGAUUUCGGCAAUUGGGUCUUCUUUCAGAAUUGUCAUUUAUCGCCAUCUUGGAUGCCAGUUCUGGAAGUUAAUGUAGAACACAUUCAGCCAGAAGCCGUGCACAAGGACUUUCGGUUGUGGCUCACCUCCACUCCAUCGCCUUUCUUCCCUGUUGCCUUACUGCAGAAUGGUUAUAAAAUGACAGUGGAGCCCCCGCGCGGGAUUAAAGCAAACUUACUUAAAGCUUAUAUGAAUCAAGUUCCAGAUUUCAAUGAUUACAUCAAUUCUGGUGACAGCAAAGUGCCUAAUUUCAAGUGGCUACUGUUCUCUCUGUGUUUGUUCCACGGUGUAGUACUGGAACGGCGCAAGUUUGGUCCGCUCGGCUUCAAUAUCCCCUACGAGUUCACGGACGGCGACCUACGCAUUUGCAUUUCACAACUACACAUGUUCCUUACCGAGUACAUCGAAGUGCCGCUCAGGAUGCUGACCUACACUGCGGGGCACAUUAACUACGGCGGGCGCGUGACGGACGACUGGGACCGGCGCUGCCUACUCUACUUGCUGGCGGACUAUUACAACAUCUCCGUGCUCAGUGAACGGUAUUACUUCGACGAGAGCGGCGCUUACAAACAGCAAUCGUCGGCGGCGAAUAUAGAAGACUACACGAAGUACAUUCGCACGCUGCCGCUGAACGACGACCCCGCACUGUUCGGUCUGCACAGCAACGCUAAUAUCAGUUACGCCGUGUCCGAGACCAACCAGAACGUCAGUACUUUACGUGAUCUCCAACCAAAGGAGGUAAGCAGCGGAGAGGGAAUGUCGGCUGAGGAGAUGACGGAGCGCGCGGCGAAAGAUAUUUUAGAAGUCCUGCCACAUUUGCUUGAUCAACAAUACAUUGCUACUAACUAUCCCGUGUCCUACAAGGAAUCAUUGAAUACCGUGCUGAUACAAGAAGCGAUCAGAUAUAAUAAAUUGUUGGUUGCCAUCGGUAAUUCUUUAAAGGAUCUAUUAAAAGCCCUCAAAGGGCUGGUGGUGAUGUCGGAGGCUCUGGAGAGUAUGGCGGGCAGUCUGACGCGGCAAGUCGUGCCCACAAUGUGGAGUUCCAAGGCUUACCCUUCGCUUAAACCUUUAGGUGCGUGGGUGAAGGAUCUAUGCCAGCGCGUCCUGUUCAUGCAGCAGUGGGCGGAAGGCGGCAUCCCCAAGGUGUUCUGGAUCUCGGGCUUCUACUUCCCGCAGGCGUUCCUCACCGGGGCGCUGCAGAACUACGCAAGGAAGCACGUCAUCGCUAUCGAUACUAUAGCUUACGCUUUUGAGCCCCUGGCGGGGCCACCGGCGAAGAAGCCGGAAGACGGAUGCUGCGUGCGCGGCUUGUACCUGGAGGGCGCGCGCUGGAACAUGGGCGACAUGUCACUGGAGGAGAGCAGAGCCAAGGAAUUGUACACUGAGAUGGCAAUAAUCUACAUGAAGCCGGAGCAGGGUCACAAGCUGCAGCAGGGGCUGUACGAGUGCCCCACGUACAAGACGCUGCUGCGCGCUGGCACGCUGUCCACCACUGGCCACUCCACUAACUACGUGAUGACAAUAGAACUGGCCACGCAUAAACCACAAGCCCACUGGAUCAAGCGGGGAGUCGCGCUCUUCUGUGCUCUCGACUACUAGGACAACAGAAGUCGACGAUAAGAGAGAGACUGGCAAUUCAAUUUAAGAUGGCGCGUUUUCCUUUUGUGUAUAAAGAUAACGAGAGAAAAAGAGAUAGGUGUAGUUUAUCUUUACGCAUGGAUAUGAUGCAAAUUGAUGUUGUUUUGUUUUUUUAUUUGUUUUUUAAAUCCGUAUCAAGUUUCUAUUGUCAGUUGUAUUAAU